GACCCAAAUUGCACCCCGACUUCAAAUUCCAUUGGGGUGUGGUGAAAUAAAUAAAAAUAAAAUAACGAUUAGUCUUUCGAUGAUUAUCGAAUCCGACUACUGUCGUAAAAUCAAGGACAGAACACAAGAAGAAUAAAAAGGAAAAAGAAAAAAAGCAGAAGACAAGAAGAAGUUGGGAGCAGCUGCAAAAGGAUGAGCAGAAAGAAUAGAGGAGAAGAGAGGGAAAGGGACGAGGUGUCGGAGUUGAUUCAGGCGGCGGAGGACGAGAUGCUUCUGAAGCUGACCGUCAACUCACACAUGUCCCGUGGUUCCUCUUCCUCCUCCAACAUCGAUCCUGAUCUCGAACGUCGAUUUCAAGCCCUCAAAUCCUCCUCAUCCUCAAAAUCAAAAUCAACAUCAACUUCAACAACACCCCCACCACCACCACCAAACCCACCAACCGUUCAAACUGAUGUUGAUGAUCACAAUCUCCUCGCCAGAUUCGCUGCACUCAAGAAGACCUCUUUGCCCUCUUCUUCUUCUUCAUCUUCUUCAGGUAAUCCCCAUAAAUCCUCCGCCGAUGAUUUACCUGAUCAGGCGGGUAAUAAUGAUGAUGAAGACGAAGUCCAGAAGCUGAUUAGAUGGGCGAUUGAUGCUGCUCGACUUGAUCCUUCUCCUCCCUCCGACAUCGAUGAUGACAACGACGAUGAUAAUGAUGAUAGUGAUGAUGGUGAUGAUGAUGGAAUGAAUAGGGAAAAGAAAGGUCGGCGAAAGUAGAGUUUACAAUAACUAGGCACAUAGCCGGUAGAAGCGUGCAUAUACCCAGCUUUGUCAGAGCGCGCUAAGCCUCUAAACGCCAAAUAGAGCCCUCAGACUCAUGCUUUCCUCAUAGGCUUCAGGUUCAGUGAAGUUAUUUUUUUAGUCAUUGAAUCGUAUUUGUUUUUCUACUGGCAAUUAGUUGACAUACUCUAGACUAUAAUAUAAUUAUAUCAUAUUUGAUGGAUCAUAUUGUUUAAUUUUAUCAAAUAUUUAGCAAAAAUCAUGAACUUACUGGUGACUACUUGUAUUAGAUGCUUAAAUGCCAAAAAUUCACUUUUCAAUUAAUGUUAUUGUUCCAAAAACUCGUACGAGACUUUGGCACUUUAGUCUAGACGGCUGGAAUUCGAGCAACUAUUGACUUUUGACAUGAAAUUGAUUUCCAAUAUUGUGACAUUGUCUUUAGAAACCAUAGAAGAGCCAAGAUCUCGGCAGGACGCUUAUCAGAGGGUCGUUUGGAGUUGAUUUACUCAUAUGCAUGCCUUCCUCAUAUAAUGAUUUCUUGAUAGAUGUUCAUAUACUAUCUUUGUCCCUAUUUAUUGAGUCUUGCUUUCUGGAUAUUGCUUAUGCUAAUGUAUAAUAGUUUGUGAAUGAUCUAGUACCAUAUUCUUGGGGCUGUAAGAUGCCUAGAUGAGGUACCCUUAUGCUAAUGUAUAAUAGUUUGUGAAUGAUCUAGUACCAUAUUCUUGGGGCUGUAAGAUGCCUAGAUGAGGUACCCUCAUAGGUAAAACAACUUCUUUGAGAAACUGGAAUUACAACAUCCAUUUGUAUGACUGCAAGGCCUUUUUUCAUAGAUUCCUAAUUCAUUACUUGAUGUGUUAGCAUUAUUUCAGAGAGUUUGAUAAACUUUUGGAGCUAUAUUAAGCAGUUACUUAUUCCUAAGCAGGAGUUUACAAUAACUAGGCACAUAGCCGGUAGAAGCGUGCAUAUACCCAGCUUUGUCAGAGCGCGCUAAGCCUCUAAACGCCAAAUAGAGCCCUCAGACUCAUGCUUUCCUCAUAGGCUUCAGGUUCAGUGAAGUUAUUUUUUUAGUCAUUGAAUCGUAUUUGUUUUUCUACUGGCAAUUAGUUGACAUACUCUAGACUAUAAUAUAAUUAUAUCAUAUUUGAUGGAUCAUAUUGUUUAAUUUUAUCAAAUAUUUAGCAAAAAUCAUGAACUUACUGGUGA